ACGGAAGAGCGGGUCAGGCCCGAGUAAGCAGGCGGGUCCAACUCGGUUCCGGGUUCGAGGCUCCGGCUCAAUACUCGGGCGGAACAGCUAGGUCUGCACUCUUGGCCUCGACCCUGCUCGGGACGCAGACACCUCGGUUUUUAUUUCUGGGCUGGUGAGAGGUCUCGGUGCCUCAGCGCGCAGCAAGAACCUCCGUGAGCCUCGGUUUCCCCAUCCGUGAAAAGUGGGUCAUCCCGGAGCCAACCUGAUUUAGGAGAUGGUUGAUGAGGAAAGCGCCUGGCAUACAGUAGGCUCCUGGGACCAUGGGCCUCAGGCCCUGAGGACAGAAGGCUCCUUGUGGCCAUGACGACAGGUGACUGCUGCCACCUCCCUGGCUCCCUGUGUGACUGCUCUGGCAGCCCUGCCUUCUCCAAGGUUGUGGAGGCCACAGGCCUUGGGCCACCACAGUAUGUGGCACAGGUGACUUCAAGGGAUGGCCGACUGCUCUCAACUGUCAUCCGGGCUUUGGACACACCGAGUGACUGUCCCUUCUGCCGAAUCUGUCACGAGGGAGCAAAUGGGGAGAACUUGCUGUCCCCAUGUGGCUGCACCGGCACGCUAGGAGCUGUGCACAAGAGCUGCCUGGAGAAAUGGCUGUCUUCCUCCAAUACCAGCUACUGCGAGCUGUGCCACACUGAGUUUGCAGUUGAAAAGCGGCCCCGACCCCUCACAGAGUGGCUGAAGGACCCAGGGCCUCGCACUGAGAAGCGGACGCUGUGCUGUGACAUGGUGUGCUUCGUGUUCAUCACACCACUGGCUGCCAUCUCAGGUUGGCUGUGCCUUCGAGGGGCCCAGGACCACCUCCGUCUGCAUAGCCGGCUGGAGGCUGUGGGGCUCAUUGCUCUCACCAUCGCCCUCUUCACUAUCUAUGUGCUCUGGACACUGGUUUGGCCUAUGGCAAAUGCCAGGGCUCCUUUUCCUCUCCCAGGGUGGAGGCCUGUCUUUACCUUCCCACCCACUGCAGGACUGCCCCCGCAGGUCUCUUUCCGAUACCACUGCCAGCUGUACUCAGAAUGGAGGAAGACAAAUCAGAAAGUCCGCCUGAAGAUUCGGGAAGCAGAUGGCUCCGAGGAACCCCACCACUCCUUGCUGGCUGCUGGACUCUUAAAAAAGGUUUCAGAGGAGACCCCUGUGUGAAGAACUGACUGGCAGGGCCCUGAGGUAGUGAAGAGACCAGAGGCAGAUGACAAUGCCUUGGUGUUUGGAAGGAUGGAAGCUGCCUGACCUUUCAUGCACAGCCACGAUGCUUCUCAGGCCAAGAGCCACAGCAAGCAGAGCCUGCUCUGUGCUCCUUGUGAACAUAUUUUCAAGGGUUUUGUUUUAUACAUUGUUAUACAUGACCAGGACAAAUGGACAGACCCAAGCUUUGGAUGGAGCAGGCACCCUUAUCUCAUUCUGAGUUCUGCUUGAUACCUCCUUGGCCAGCAGCUUUGACUGCUUGUGUCAAGGGCACCCAUUGGGCUAGAAGGUUCCAGCAAGCUUCUUGCGCUAGCUACUCUGCACCUGGCUGGCUUGCUUUACUGGCACUCUUGACUUUAUAAAGUUGCACUGCAUUCCAAAAACCCAACCCUGAAUGAAUAAAAGGAGCCCUUGCUGGCUAACAUGGACUCGUCAGUUACAUUUCUAAACUGCUCCAAGUGAGUGAUUUUAUGGGCGAAAACUAUAAAACACUUGGCUAGUUUUGAGGGAUCUGUUAUGAAUCUGUCUUAGUUUCUUAAUUCUAUGAUAAAGUAAUCAGAUAAAAGCAACUUAAGUGGGGGUGCAGAGAUGGCUCAGUGGUUAAGAACACUGGCCACUCUUAAAAAAAACUGUGUUCGAUUCCCAGAACUCAUAUGGCAGCUUGCAAUGUCCCUAACUCCGGUUCCAGGGGAUCCAGUGAUGGCUUUUGGCUCCCCCGGACACUGCUCACAUAUGGUACACAUACAUACAUGCAGGCAAAAUACCCAUACACAUAAAAUAAAUUUUUUUAAAAAGGCAACUUAAGGGAGAAAGCAUUUAUUUUAUCUCACAGCUCCAGGUACAGCCACUCAUGGUGGGGAAAUCAAGGCACAGUUAAGAUGGGUCUUUCUACAUCAAUCAGUACAAUCAAGAUGAUAAAUUGACAGUUAAUGCUAACCAUCACAGAAGUGUAAGGAAGAAGUAAAGUCAGAAUUUUAAACUAAGAACAGGAUGCAGGGACUUGGUGAUUAAAGCGCUUGCUACACGAUUAUGAAGACCAGACUUCCCAUCUCUAUAACCUAUAUAGAUUUGGGGUGUGUGUGUGUGUGUGUGUGUGUGUGUGUGUGUGUGUGUGUGUCCCUGGUGAUGCUAGCCUAGCACUCAGGAGAUCCCAGAGCAAGCUGGCUGGCAAAACUAGCCAUAUGGGCAAAGCUCUGAGUUCAAUAAGGUGGAGCCUUACUUCGUCUUGUAUGUGCCUGCCCAUACAGGAUGAAAAAACAAAGAACAGGAAAAAGGAAUAGUUUAUUUCUCUUUAAACUAUUUAUUGUUAUUAUUGCUGGGGGAGGUCAGAAGAAACCUUGUUAGGAGAGCAGGAUCUUCCCUUCUACCUUUCUAUGGCUGCAGGGAGCAAACAGGUUUUUAGGUUUGUACAAGCGCUCUCACCCACUGAGCCACUGCACUGGCCUGGGCAGGGUUUAUGAUGAAUGAUCUUUUAAAAAUAUCCUUUUUUUUUUUUGAGACAGGGUUUCUCUGUGUAACAGCCCUGGCUGUCCUGGAACUCACUUUGAAGACCAGACUGGCCUCAAACUCACAGAGAUCAGCCUGCCUCUGCCUCCUGAGUGCUGGGAUUAAAGGCAUGUGCCACCACAGCCUGGUUUAAAAAUAUCUUUUAUAGAAUUUAUUCUUUAUGGGUAUGAGUGUUUUGUUUUCCCUGCAUAUAUGUGUGCUCUAUGUGAAUGCAGUGCCCAAGGAAGCCAGAAGAAUGCAGGAGAUUCCCAGGAACUGGAUGGAGUUACAGAUGGUUUUAAGCUGACAUGUGGGUACUAGAAACAAAACCUCUGUCUUCUGUAAGAGCAGCAAGUGCUCUUAACUACUGAGCCAUCUCUCCCACUCCAAUAAAUGAGUUUUAAAAGUU